AUGGACAUUACGUCAAAUGCAGAGAGCUCGUCAGGAACCAGUUCUUACAGAAUGGGAAUUGGAAUCGAUGAUAAGUUUAGGAAAGGGGUAGGAUCGAAGAAUAGUCCAAAAGGUAAAAAAAGUUGGUUAAGUUCUUGGUCCGUUAUAAGUAGAAAAGGAACCGGAAAGGGAAAAGGGAUCGGAACUGGGAAUGUAAAUGGAUAUGAAGAUGGACAAGGGAAGAUGAAGGUGGGAUAUGAAGUGAAAGAAGAGAAAGAGUCGAGGAAGAAAAGAUUAAGAAGUCCUUUAUUAGAUAGACAGAAAUUACAGGAAUUAAGCGAGAGGAUAAGUAAAGGUGUGAAAUCAAAGAAUGGAGUCCCGUCUUCCUUCUGGCAUGGCAAAUCCCCCCUGGAUGAGUUCCCCCAGUAUAUCAAGACCCCUGAUGAGUUAUGGCGAAAGGAAUCAUGGGAGAGUGGUGGUCAGAUGUGGUCACUGCCUCGCCCUCUCCUGAGGCUCACGCGGAAGUACAAAAGAUGGCUCUGGCAUGAGCUUGUCACUGUGAUCCUCAGCAAGCGCCGUGGGGUGAAUCAGACAGGUUUCAUGAGGGAAAUGUCAGAGCAGAAGUUGCGAGUGAAGCAAAUCAUUCAGGCGCGGGAAGAGUUCCAUAGGAGACACGGCAAUGAGUUGCGGUUUGACCGUCUAUGUGUAGUCGCUUCAUGCCUGUUCCGUACGCAUCUUCUGCUCCAACGGUGUACAGCUGAAGUAAGGGCUCUGGACACCCACGGAGAUCAUGCAGCUCCGGAGUUGUACGGAUCUCCACGUGUGUCCCAAGGGGUCAUUUUCGGCCGUUCAGCUCCGGAGGUGAACGUCUCCGCCGGUGUUUGUCCCCUACAAGGCCUCAUUGUCAUAGCUCAUCGACGCAGACUAUCCCGACGUCUGGUCCUUACAAUACGGCCGAGUGGUAAUAUGCACUAUCUACUUUCACCCUCCGAUAACCCAUUCAGAGCCAUGUCCACAAAUACAAAUGACAUGUCAUUUGAGGGAGAAAUGGGCAUGGGUAAUACAUCACAAUCUCAAUCCCAUUCUCAGGAAGACACAUCUUCGGCGGUCUUACGUGAAUUGACCACCGCUUUGAAUCCUGAUAACGAAGAACAUUCAAUCAAGCGUGUGUCAGAGGCUGCAAGUGCUUUUGGCACCCAGAUGGGAAGAAUUGGGUUCCAAAUGCAGAACCAAAGUGUGAAUAUCACUUUUGAGGAUAAAGUGUUGUUGGGCAUUGGAAUAACAUUUAUCAAAUACCUACAGUCACAUAACGCUUCAUUGUCUCCUCCUGUCCAAUCAGGUUCAAAGGUUGAGACAGACGAUGAUUAUCACUUGUCACAAUCAACAAGCUCCAAUAUUUCAUCCCAUGAUGACAGGUUCUCCAAGAAAGCAUCAACUUCUGAUCCACCAGAAACAACUGUUGUAACUUAUGAUCGGAGUGAUCUGGUUCAAGAAUGUAGUCAAAGUAAGGAGGUUGAUGUGGAUAUCAAUGCAGGACCGGACAAGGAUAUGACUAAGUGUCAAUCCUACUCUCAAGAUUACCCUCUAGUAUCCCAGUUUGACCCUUUGUGCCGUGUACGGAUAGGGAGACCGCCGUCGAAAACAGUUUCAAACGCACGAAACUGA